AUGGAAGUUGAGGACUCUAAUUGCAAUUCAAAUACAUAUGGAUUGGCUCUUUCGAGAAAAACUUAAUUGGAUAAUGAUAGUAGUUGUUGCGAUGAAGAAGACUUAAAGAAAAAGUAGUAGAGAAUAUACAAUUUGAUGGAUUUUUACAAGCAAAGGAAUGAAAAAUAUAAAAAAGUUGAGUUUGAUUAUAGUCAUAUUGAGAGAUUUAUUUUACCAGAAAAAGAAGUUUAUAUUAUUGGUGACAUGAUUGUAGAAGAUUUCUUAGACAAAUCAGAACCAAGUUAGAUUGUAAGGGCUUCAAAUUGGCAGUGCUGGCGAAGAGCAAUAAAAGUGGAAUUUAGAAAGGAUAUAUUGUGUUUAGAAACUAUUAAUGAAAAUACUGCAAUUGGUCUAUGUGAAAUGAAACAAGUAGUGAAAAUGCUUUAGUCAAAAGGCGAUUAAUAACUAUAUAAUUUAUCUUGCUUGCUGGCAAAUUACUAAAAAGUAAUAGAUAUCAUUUUAGGUGUAAAAGCGGAUAUAAUGGCUUUCUUGAAAAUAUAUCCUAACAUUUAACAGUUGCAAGACUAAGUAUUUUAAAAAUGGUUGGAGGAUUGUUAUAAGUGGAUUAAAAAAAACAUGAAACAAGAAGAUAUCUACACCUACGAAGUAGGUAGGAUAGAUUUUAAGAAACUAGAACAUUAAGAAUAUAUGUUUGGUGUGAGUAAAUCACUGCUAGACUUACUAGGAACUGAUGAAAAUACAGCUGUUAAUAUAGCACUUCGUUUUGGUAAAAUAGAAUUUUAUACUGAAGAAACAAGGUAUAUUAAUAUUACUUAGAAGUUGAUUUUUGCUUUAACUUAAACCAGAGACCCUAAUAGAGUUAUAAAAUAUGAUAUAAUCACCUUAGAUGGAAUAGUAAUACCUGUUUAGGCUAAAAUAGAAUGCCCAGUUAUACCUUUGUCAUCAGAGUAAAUAUUUUCUUACAAUUUUUUAUACCAAUUUUUUAAUUUAAUUCUAUAAAAAGAGUUCCUGGAUUAAGCGAAUAGCCAUUUUAUAAAGCUUUUGCUUAAGUAUUAACAGUAAUCAAAUAUUAAAUUGAUGAUAAAUACAUUUAGCUAGUUAAUAAAUCGAGAUCUAUGCAAAAUAAUAACAAGAGUUAUGGGGAAGAUUUUUCUUACACUAUGGAGAGGUAAUUAAGUUUAAUUAAAAAAAUUAUUUUAAAUCUUUAAAAUUUUUUUAUUUUGUAAAAUUUACUUUGAAUUUUAUAAAAAUUUUAAUAAUAAAAAAAAUAGCACUUUGUUACUAGAAAAGUUUUAUAAAAACGAAUACAAACAACAAUUGAACAAUUCUAAUUAAGAUAUAAAGCGCUGCUUAUUUACUGAAUUAUGA